AUGCCCGUUGCGUCAACUUGGCAAAGUGUAAAGUCCAAGCCUACGCAACCUUCCUUACGUCCUAAUAAUAAUACUAAAGUGCUUGGAAACAAAAAGAAUGAUGUUUACGUGCAAAACGCCAAAAGACUAGUUAAAACCUCUGCUUUGUCCCAACAUCAAAAUAAACAACCCAUAAAAAAAUGGAUCGUUAUAACAAACGAUCCAGAACAAAAAUGUGAACGCGAAAAUAAUAAACUUGUUAACAAAAAUCCCCCUUUUAGGAAAUUUAACGACGAAAAUUAUGAAAAUUCAUUCUCUGCAAAAAUUCAGUAUCAUCAUGAGAAGAGGACUGUAGAUAAUACUACUCGGACGUCGGUGUUGAAGAAUGAUAUUGACAACGUUUCAACAGAAAAUGGAACCGUUUUAAAUAAAGGUUGCGUUCCUCUACGAUCGCAUUACCAUGGUACCAAUCAAAUUGUCACAAAUAAUAACGUAACACAAAUGGAGUUGGCACGUUUUCCUAGUUAUUCAUCUACAAGUACUCAAAGUUCCCUUACAGACCAAACCCUUUACAAUGGUUGUGAUAUCGGAAGCCAACCAACAAAUUAUACUUCGCCAAUAAUGACACCUACUGAAGAACAGACAAAAGAAUCGGUAUGUGAACAAGACGAAAAUGUCCAAGGUGUAAAAACCCAGUAUUGGAUUACUUCUUUAUAUGACAUUUAUUUGGUAACACAAAAAUUCAAUCGUUCGGAGAAUAUGCACAAUAAUUACCUGGACACUAUCAGAUAUGUAAUACUAGCGAUCUGGGACACAUCAUAUGGUAUUGAAUUUCAUGAUUGGAUGGAACAAGUUUUACAAAUGUCUGGAACAAAUUGCAGAAUUAUUGAGCUCGCGCUAUAUUAUCUCUUACGAUUCAAGAGGUGUUUGAGCCAUUCAAAUGUUGAGUCGUAUAAAUUUCCUAGAAAAUAUAUUCAUAAUUAUUCAAGAUUCACCGUCUCAAAGGAACCCUGUCCUAAAAGCCCUGACUCCAUAAAAUCAUUACCUGCUCUGGUUUCCUCAAUUAUUUUAGCAUGGAAAUUUUAUCAAGAUGAGAAUUUCAGAACUCAUCAUUGGGCAUACUUCACCGGGUAUUCCGCCGAACAACUAAAUGUGUUUGAACGUGAUUUCUUAAGAAUGAUUGAUUAUAAUGUAUUUAUCAAAGAAAAUUCUUUCAAGCAAUGGUUACGAUUUUUGCAUUCUCAUAUGCAAGCUAUCUGUGGACCGGGAUUGAAUGUUAGAUUCGCAUAUUUCCUUCCACAAAAUCGGGGAAGGAUUAAUGAGUUUAUGAAAUCUUUGAAGAUGUUGAAUAUUGAAGAGAUGGAACGUAUAAUGAAAGAAAAUGUUGACCGAGGUAAAAAGAAUGAAAGGGUUCACAUAUUAAAUCUCGAAGAUAUUAAACGUGUUAUGGAAAAAUCAUAA